AUGCAAUGCAGAACGGUGAAACAGAUGAACAACCAAUGGCCCGUAAACGCCGCGAAAAGGGGUAUUGUCCAUAAAUACGUCACAGUUGUUAAGAAACGUAUGAAUCCAGUCAAGAAGAUUUCAACUGAAGAAGAGAAGCGAUUCCCACGCAUGAAAGGACGUCAUGUUGUCCACAAAUUCAUAACUGUUGUUAAAAAGAAGUUUAAUCCAUCAACAGGUAAAGAAGAUGUUGUUGAAGAGAAACAGUUAGUUGCUGCCAAAGUUCCACACGAAAGUAAUGCAUCAAAUGACGAAGCUGCUAUCGAACAACAAAAGAACGAAGAAGCUAGCGAAAAGAUUUCAUCUUUCACCGGCAAGUAA